UUUUAUUAUCCCAUGAUGUCAAGAAAAGAGGCACUGAGUUUUAAGAGUUUUAUAAGUGAAAAGAGCUUUCAAGCUCGGCGUGAGGCGGAACAACAGCAGCAGCAGUCACAUGACUGGAUACAUUCACAGGCUGAUCCAGUGUUUCCUCUAACAUACCUGAUAAUCAUGCCUACCACACAGCAGUCUCCCCAGGAUGAGCAGGAGAAGCUUUUGGAUGAAGCUGUGCAGGCUGUGAAGGUCCAGUCAUUUCAAAUGAAGCGCUGUCUGGACAAGAAUAAGCUGAUGGAUGCCCUGAAACAUGCCUCAAAUAUGUUGGGGGAGUUGAGGACUUCUAUGCUUUCUCCCAAGAGCUACUAUGAACUCUACAUGGCCAUCUCAGAUGAGCUGCAUUACCUGGAGGUCUAUUUGACAGAUGAGUUUACCAAAGGCCGUAAGGUGGCUGACCUCUAUGAGCUUGUUCAGUAUGCAGGAAACAUCAUUCCUAGACUGUACCUGUUGAUAACUGUCGGAGUGGUGUACGUUCGCUCUUUCCCCCAGUCUCGCAAAGACAUUCUGAAGGACCUGGUGGAGAUGUGUCGUGGAGUGCAGCAUCCUCUCCGGGGCCUGUUCCUCAGGAACUACCUCUUGCAGUGCACACGAAACAUCCUGCCUGAUGAUGGAGAGCAGGCUGAGGAAGAGAUGACAGGUGACAUUAAUGACUCCAUUGACUUUGUGCUGCUGAAUUUUGCCGAGAUGAACAAACUGUGGGUGCGAAUGCAGCAUCAGGGACACAGUCGGGACCGAGAAAAGAGAGAGAAGGAGAGACAGGAGCUGCGUAUCCUUGUUGGGACCAAUCUGGUACGACUGAGCCAGCUGGAAGGAGUCAAUGUGGAAAAGUACAAACAGGUUGUGCUGUCUGGGAUCUUGGAGCAGGUGGUGAACUGUAGAGAUUCUCUAGCUCAGGAAUACCUCAUGGAGUGCAUCAUACAGGUUUUUCCAGAUGAGUUCCACCUGCAGACGCUGAACCCGUUUCUUCGCUCGUGUGCCGAUCUGCACCAAAACGUGAACGUGAAGAACAUUAUCAUUGCUCUUAUUGACAGAUUGGCCUUGUUUGCUCACAGAGAAGAUGGACCUGGAAUCCCUGCUGAAAUCAAGUUAUUUGACAUUUUCUCACAGCAAGUGGCUACUGUCAUACAGUCUCGUCAGGACAUGCCGUCCGAAGAUGUUGUUUCACUCCAAGUGUCUCUCAUCAAUCUGGCCAUGAAAUGCUACCCUCAGCGUGUGGACUAUGUGGAUAAAGUGUUGGAGAGUACUGUGGAGAUCUUUAAUAAACUGAACCUGGAGCACAUUGCCACUAGCAGCGCAGUAUCUAAGGAGCUGACCAGGCUCCUAAAGAUCCCUGUGGACACAUACAGUAACAUCCUCACAGUGCUCCAGCUCAAGCAUUUUCCACCUCUCUUCGAAUACUUCGAUUAUGAGUCACGCAAAAGCAUGAGCUGCUAUGUGCUCAGCAACAUACUGGACUACAACACCACCAUAGUGGCCCAAGAUCAGGUUGAUGUGAUCCUGAACCUGGUUUCUACACUGAUCCAGGACCAACCAGAUCAACCAGCUGAGGAUCCCGACCCUGAGGACUUUGCUGACGAACAGAGUCUAGUGGGCAGAUUUAUUCAUCUGCUGCAUUCAGACGACCCUGACCAGCAGUAUCUGAUUUUAAACACAGCCAGGAAACACUUUGGUGCUGGGGGGAACCAGAGAAUUCGGCACACUCUACCCCCGCUGGUGUUCGCUGCUUAUCAACUGGCCUUCCGUUACAAAGAGAACUCCUCCUCGGAUGAUAAAUGGGAAAAGAAAUGUCAGAAGAUUUUCUCAUUCGCCCAUCAGACCAUCAGUGCUCUGAUCAAAGCAGAGCUGGCCGAGUUACCUUUGAGGCUCUUUCUCCAGGGGGCUCUGGCAGCUGGAGAGAUUGGCUUUGAGAACCAUGAAACCGUUGCCUACGAGUUCAUGUCUCAGGCAUUCUCUCUGUAUGAGGAUGAGAUCAGCGACUCAAAGGCUCAGCUGGCCGCCAUCACCCUUAUCAUUGGCACGUUUGAGCGUACGCGGUGCUUCAGCGAAGAAAACCACGAGCCUCUGCGUACUCAGUGUGCGCUUGCUGCUUCAAAACUGCUGAAAAAACCUGACCAGUGUCGUGCUGUCAGUAUCUGUGCCCACCUCUUCUGGUCUGGACGCAACACUGACAAGGGCGGAGAAGAGAUCCGUGAUGGGAGGAGAGUGAUGGAAUGCUUGAAGAAGGCUCUGAAGAUUGCCAACCAGUGCAUGGACCCAUCCUUGCAAGUUCAACUCUUCAUUGAGAUCCUCAACAGAUACGUCUGCUUCUAUGAGCGAGAGAAUGAUGCGGUGACGGUUCAAGUCCUGAAUCAGCUGAUCCAGAAAAUCCGUGAGGAUCUCCCAAACCUGGAGGCCAGCGAGGAGACGGAGCAGAUUAACAAACACUUCCACAAUACACUGGAGCACCUGCGCCUGCAGAGAGAGUCACCUGAGUCUGAGGGACCUGCCUAUGAGGGACUGGUGCUGUAGGAGCCUCACGUCUACAUUUAUAUUUGUGUACACACAUAUAGAGAGAGAUAUGUAUAUGCCCACAUGUGCGCACCAGGGUAUUCCAGCCAGGGGACAAAUAAAGCCAAACCCACCCAUUCCUCUUACUGCUCAUACUUUCUCUUGAUUUCUUCCUCUGCCUGUCUGUCUUCUCUCUGAUCUUGUGAGGCGUUUCCAUGUAAAUUAUCUAGAGAACAGUGUAUGCAUUGCACUUACUUUGCGCUUUCUUCAGAUUAUCAUUCCCUUUCAUGCCAUACUCUACAGAAAUGAGUGAAAAUAAUAAAGAAUUAAAAAAAUAAGUUUUAGUGUUUCUUCACAACUUCCCUGCCUCGCAGGCCAAACAGGAGAAAAAGGCAGAGCUUAAUUGAGCCAUGCAUUGUAACGGUCUUUGUUUGGAGGACCUAUGAUUAAGUCUACUUUUUCAGCAUUAAUAUUUUAAAUGCCAUGCUGAGUUAAGAGACAUUUGUGUAACUAAUGAAUACUCUCAUUUCUCACUUCUCUCUCUAUUUGUUUUAAACAUGCCAUCUUUUACUCUAUGGCAGACACUUUGGUGGAGUGGGAUGGUGUGUUAACUAAUACAUGGAAUGGGUGAACGUGUGAAUAGACUCUGUUAAUGAAUGAGUAGCUGUGGGUGUGAAUCUAAAUGUCAGAAGCCUUGUUAUUUGAACCACCUCUUGCAUCUUGUAUUUUUAUUAUUAUUAUUAUUAUUAUUAUUUUGAUCCUCCCCCUCCCUUCAUAUAUUGUAUGUAUAAUCUAAUUGUAAAUCAGUUAAAACAAAAUAUCAUUGAUUUCAUGACAUUUGCACAAAUAAAAUAUGGUAUUAACCCCA